AUGUCCCGGCGUCUGUUUCCCUCCGCGGUGCUGCUGCUGCUGCUCGUUGCGUUGAUUUGUUGCGGUAGCUGUGGGGCUGAUGCCACGGAGGAGGGUAAUCUACCGGCAUCACAUGAGAUGGAGGUAUUUGUCUCACGGAAGACUGCGGUGACCCUGAGGAAGACGAGUGGUGGGGCUGGUAAUACGAGCAAAGUCAUCGACUCGUUCAGCGUUCCCGCCCUCGUUGGUGUGGGGGAUCUGCUUGUCGCCUUUGCCGAGGCUCAGCACACUGGCUACACGGAUACGGACAUCGAUAUUGCCGCAGCGUACGGCGUGCCGUGGCGUGAUCCCUGGGCCACCCAACUGGCCGUCGAAACGCCCAAGGCAGACGAUUAUGCUUCUCUCGCGUUGAGUCCCACGGCAGUUGCGAAGGACGGGAAAAUCUAUCUUCUUCUGAACACAGAGAGGGUGGCGAAGAACGGCCGCGAGUUGGCUGAGGCUGGCGAUACGUGGGACAUUCAGCUGGCCGUGGGGACUGUGGCGGCUGCUGUGGGGCAGGCAGGAGAGGGCGAACAGGUGGCGUGGCAGGAGCCCGCCUCGCUGAAGUCCGCCUUCGCUGCGGUGAAGCAGCAGCAGCAGUGGACGCAACUGCUUGGGGCCGGGGGCGCGGGGAUUGUGGUGGGCGGCGACACACUUGUGCUCCCUGUGCUGGCGCGGGACGCGGCGGGCAACUUCCUUUCCACCACCAUCCGCUCCACCGACGGACAGAGUUGGGCGGUGGCGGGUGGGACAACGGCGGCGGGCUGCACAUACCCUGCCGUCGUGGAGUGGGAGGAGGGCAAAGUCCUCAUGAACACGGCCUGCGAGGAUGGGGUGCGCAGGGUGUACGAGUCCGGCGACAUGGGGGCGACGUGGACGGAGGCGCUCGGGACCCUCUCGCGCGUGUGGGGAAACUCGCCGAAGCGCACGGGGGACGGCACGCAAGGCGGAUUUGCCGCCGCCACCAUUGAUGGAAAGAAGGUGAUGCUGGCCGCCCACCCAGUGGGCUCCGCUGCGGGAGGGAGGCCUGGCCCCGAUCGGCUCCACCUGUGGUUGACUGACGGGUCACGCGUACACGACGUGGGGCAGAUAUGCGACGCCAACGCAAAAACGGUUGCCAGCGUCUUGCUGUUUGCUCGAGACAGGCUGUUUUUGCUGCACGAGGGUUACCGAGGGAGGAGGCACGUCCUCUUUCUGACGGAGCUGGCUCAGCAGCUGCGCCAGAUAAAGUCAGUGCUGAGCACUUGGAAGGAGGUGGACAAGAGCGUCGCAACGUCCUGUGGUUCUGUUCCCCGCGGUGGUGCCGGGCCAGGCACUGCAUGCGUUGCGCCUAUGCCCACAAAGGGACUGGUUGGAUUCUUGUCGGGCAAGCUAACUGAGGGGCGGUGGAAGGACGAGUACCUCGGCGUGGACGCAACAGUGGCGGGCACUGUGGAGACGACUGCCAACGGCCUAAAGUUCAGCGGCCGUGGCGCAUGGGCGGAGUGGCCCGUGGGAAAACAGGGGCAGGUGCAGCGGUACCACUUCGCCAACUACAACUUCACGCUUGUGGCGACGGUGACGAUCCACGCGGUGCCCGCGGGCGGCAGCGGCCCUCGGCCUCUGCUGGGCGUGAGCCUCGGAGGCGGCACGGCGGCAUUGAGCGUGGCGUGCGACGAACGCCGGAGUUGGGUUCUGGCGCAGAGGGGUGGGGCGCGGCAAACCUCCACCGGCACUUGGGAGACGGGUAAGGCGUACCAGGUGGCGCUUGUUGUGCAGGAGGGAAGGGGCUCCGUGUACGUGGAUGCGGCCCUUCAGGCUACUUCGCAGGAGACCUGGAAGGCGGCCGACUCCGAAGCGGUUUCCCACUUCUUCAUUGGCGGGGACGGAGGCGGCGCGGAGAGCGCCGGUGCGACGGUGGGCGAUGUUCUUUUGUACAACCGCCCCCUGAGCACCGAGGAACUGCGGCUCCACUUCUUGAGGCCGGAGCCCGCUGCGCCGCCAGCCCCGCCGAGCGCCGCCGCGGAGAGCCCCGGCAGCACGACGGAGGCGGCUGCGGGAACGAACUCGGCCGCCAACGCGCCGAGCGAGGCGCCUCCAAAGGCGAAGCCUGGAGACAAAAACGCCGACGGCUGCGGCAGUGCGGGCCGAGUGCUGCCGCCGCUGUUUCUGUUGGGCUUGUGGGCCUUUGCGGCUCUGUGA